UCCCCGAGACGCAGCCCGGCGCCCGGCCCGGCCCGGCCCUCUGCACAGCCCCACUUCAGGCCACGCCGUUUCCUUGACCUUCCCCCGGCAGGGUCUGAAGCGUCACCGUCCGUCUAGAGCAGAGUCACGCAGGCCCCUGCCCUGCCGGUGAGGUCGGCGCCGCGCUCCGGAGAGUCGGUUCCUCCCGAUUCAGACCCAUAUGGCUUCAGAUGGAACCAUCAUUUGUGUUCCGUCAUGACCGGCUUGCAAGGUAGCAAAGGGAAACAAACGUCUCGUUUUCAGCCUGUCCCCGCCACCUUGAAAUAAAACCGGCAAAAAUAAAAAGAGCAUUCUGGGAAGUACUUCAUCAUUUCAACGCUCACGAAUUCAAAACAUAAACAAAGGGUUCCGAGUGCCCCGGCCAGGGGCGCAGGGCGCACGGCGGGCCCGGGGCAGGUAAGCGCAGGUGCGCGCCCGCCCCCACCCCCGGGUCCCCCCGGCUCCCUCCCCAUCCGCUCCCCGCUCCCCUUCCCCUUUCCCUUCACCGCCCGCUCCCAGCCGCCGCCGCCGCCCCGCGCACGGCCUGGAGCGGAGGCUGCGCAGGGCGCGGGGCGGCGCGGGCCGGGCGCGGGCCGGGCGGACGGCCGCGUCUUUCUUCUCCUGGCGGUGAUGUCAUUGGGCGACGGCGGCCGAGGCCGGGGGGCGGCGGCGGGCGCCCGCAGGUUCCCGAGCCGCUCCUGAGAAGGCGCCUGACAGCGGGCCGGGGCGCACGGAGAAGCGGGCCGGGCUGGACCUGCUGGGCCGCGCCGAGCCAAUCGCCGGCGCCGGCCGCUCGAUGGGCGAGGAGGCGGCGGCGGCGGGGGCGGUGGGGGCCGCGGGCCGGGCCGCCGCUCCGAGGUGAAGGCGCGCGCCCCUCCCCGCCUGCCUCCCGGGCCGCAGCGAUGAAUUCCGCCGAGCAGACCGUUACGUGGCUCAUCACUCUGGGGGUGCUGGAGUCGCCCAAAAAAACCAUCUCGGACCCGGAGGGCUUUCUGCAGGCGUCGCUGAAGGAUGGGGUGGUCCUCUGCAGGCUGCUGGAGCGCCUGCUCCCCGGGACCAUCGAGAAAGUCUACCCCGAGCCCCGGAGCGAGAGCGAGUGCCUGAGCAACAUCCGCGAGUUCCUGCGCGGCUGCGGGGCUUCCCUGCGGCUGGAGACGUUUGAUGCAAAUGAUUUGUAUCAGGGGCAGAAUUUUAACAAGGUCCUCAGUUCCUUAGUGACUCUAAAUAAAGUAACAGCAGACAUCGGGCUGGGGAGUGACUCCGUGUGUGCCCGGCCCUCGUCUCACCGCAUAAAGUCUUUUGACUCCCUUGGAUCACAGUCUUUGCACACUCGGACUUCAAAACUGUUCCAGGGCCAGUAUCGGAGUUUGGACAUGACCGAUAAUAGCAACAAUCAACUGGUAGUAAGAGCAAAGUUUAACUUCCAGCAGACCAAUGAGGACGAGCUUUCCUUCUCAAAAGGAGACGUCAUCCAUGUCACCCGUGUGGAAGAGGGAGGCUGGUGGGAGGGCACACUCAACGGCCGGACUGGCUGGUUCCCCAGCAACUACGUGCGCGAGGUCAAGGCCAGCGAGAAGCCUGUGUCUCCCAAAUCAGGAACACUGAAGAGCCCUCCCAAAGGAUUUGAUACGACUGCCAUAAACAAAAGCUAUUACAAUGUGGUGCUACAGAAUAUUUUAGAAACAGAAAAUGAAUAUUCUAAAGAACUUCAGACUGUGCUUUCAACCUACCUACGGCCAUUGCAGACCAGUGAGAAGUUAAGUUCAGCAAACAUUUCAUAUUUAAUGGGAAAUCUAGAAGAAAUAUGUUCUUUCCAGCAAAUGCUCGUACAGUCUUUAGAAGAAUGCACCAAGUUGCCUGAAGCUCAGCAGAGGGUCGGAGGCUGCUUUUUAAACCUGAUGCCACAGAUGAAAACCCUGUACCUCACGUAUUGUGCCAAUCACCCUUCUGCAGUGAAUGUCCUCACGGAACACAGUGAGGAGUUGGGGGAGUUCAUGGAGACCAAAGGUGCCAGCAGCCCUGGGAUUCUCGUGCUGACCACGGGCCUGAGCAAACCCUUCAUGCGCCUGGAUAAAUACCCUACGCUGCUCAAAGAGCUCGAGAGACACAUGGAGGAUUAUCAUACAGAUAGACAAGAUAUUCAAAAAUCUAUGGCUGCCUUCAAAAACCUUUCAGCCCAAUGUCAAGAAGUCCGGAAAAGGAAAGAGCUUGAGCUGCAGAUCCUGACGGAAGCCAUCCGGAACUGGGAGGGCGAUGACAUUAAAACUCUGGGCAACGUCAGUUACAUGUCCCAGGUCCUGAUUCAGUGUGCCGGAAGUGAGGAAAAGAAUGAAAGAUAUCUUCUACUCUUCCCAAAUGUUUUGCUAAUGUUGUCUGCCAGUCCUAGGAUGAGUGGCUUUAUCUAUCAGGGAAAGCUUCCAACGACAGGAAUGACAAUCACAAAGCUUGAGGACAGUGAAAAUCAUAGAAAUGCAUUUGAAAUAUCAGGGAGCAUGAUUGAGCGGAUAUUAGUGUCAUGCAACAACCAGCAGGAUCUGCAGGAAUGGGUGGAGCACCUACAGAAGCAAACGAAGGUCACGUCUGUGGGAAACCCCACCAUAAAGCCUCAUUCAGUGCCAUCUCAUACCCUCCCCUCCCAUCCGGUCACUCCGUCCAGCAAGCACGCAGACAGCAAGCCCGCGCCGCUGACGCCCGCCUACCACACGCUGCCCCACCCCUCCCACCACGGCACCCCGCACACCACCAUCAACUGGGGACCCCUGGAGCCUCCGAAAACACCCAAGCCCUGGAGCCUGAGCUGCCUGCGGCCCGCGCCUCCCCUCCGGCCCUCAGCUGCUCUCUGCUACAAGGAGGAUCUUAGUAAGAGCCCCAAGACCAUGAAAAAGCUGCUGCCCAAGCGCAAACCUGAACGGAAGCCUUCAGAUGAGGAGUUCGCGUCCCGGAAAAGCACAGCUGCUUUGGAAGAAGAUGCUCAGAUUCUGAAAGUCAUUGAAGCUUACUGCACCAGCGCCAAAACAAGGCAAACACUGAAUUCAAGUUCACGCAAAGAAUCUGCUCCACAAGUUUUGCUUCCAGAAGAAGAGAAAAUUAUAGUGGAAGAAACUAAAAGUAAUGGUCAGACAGUGAUAGAAGAAAAGAGUCUUGUGGAUACCGUAUAUGCAUUAAAGGAUGAAGUUCAAGAAUUAAGACAGGACAACAAAAAGAUGAAGAAAUCUCUAGAGGAAGAACAGAGAGCCCGCAAAGACCUGGAGAAGCUGGUGAGGAAAGUCCUGAAGAACAUGAAUGAUCCUGCCUGGGAUGAGACCAAUCUAUAAGGGACGUCCUCAGUUCUUUCUGUUGAAGACCAAUUCUGAGGUGAAGCUGGGCACCCCUGACCCAAGUCGGGGUGCACUCAGGACCACAGGGCAGGGCUGGGUGGGGCGCCACCUUGCUCUCUGUAUAUAGAAAAGCUGGAGCUUAUUCUGCGAAUGGAGACGAUCAAACCAUGACUGAUGAAUCCAGACAGGAGGGAUUGACUCUGAGGACCUGAGCUACAUCAAUCCACUCUGUGAACAUCUCAGUUACCUCAUUCUGCAAUAAGUUCAGUGACUGACUAAAAGUCUUGUUUUUCCAGACUUUGAAUUGAAUAUAUAAAUAUUAUAUAUACAUGUUUCUUGUAAAUAUCCCCUUUUGAAUGCAUAGCUGUGGUGGUUCUGUCCGGGCUAAUCCCCAUGCUAGAAUGUCCUUUCCAGCUACGUGAAUAAGAAGUCCCAUGCCCGCACCCACCGGAAGCAGAAGCCUGGUGGAUGCCUGGUUUGUUCCGCAGCACCGGGGCCUCCACCGUGCUGUGGCAGCACCCCCCAUGUCGGUAUUUCUAAAUAACCUUAUUUAUGCCUGCAGAGAUACACUUCAGUCCCAUUCAGAAGUCUUCUCUUAAAGCAGCAUUACAGUCCCAGACCUGCGGGGUUCUGAGGGCAGCUUGCUGGCUGACAGACUCAGUCUUGACCUCGAGGAAGGCCCAUACGGCACCGCCGCAUCCACCUAGAGGUGUUUGCUCUUGUCCGCUGUCUGAAUACUGUGAUUCUCAGAUGAGUUUGCUGCGUUUUGGGAGGACACAGACGGUUCUGUAUAGGCUAGUUCAGUAACAACAAAAUACACUGUUUUGUCUUCCCUUAAAGAGAGAUCUUACUAGAACCUGUAAAUAGAAUGUAUUAUUUAUUAUAAGUCACUGCAGCUGAUGAAAACAGAUGGAGGCCAUGCUGCAGGCUGAUACUGAUGGGUGGAGUUUUGUCGUCAGGCCAGCCUCAUCCCGAGGUCUCCUCCACUAUUGGCCGCAGCCAGCAGGCUUCAGUGCUCACCGAAAGUAAAAUCCCCUCCUUCAGCAAGAAUAAAGCAAUAUACACCUUAGGUUCCACUAAGUAACGUAGGCAUAAGCAGAGAACGUUUCCCCCACUGUGUUCCAGUGCAGAGGAGACGAAGGAAGCCUGUCCUCACCGCGGCUCGCUGGGCCCAGGCUGGCUCUGGAAAGCCUGUGCGGUCCUGGGCAGGAAGCCCAGCCCGUGGGGCAGGUUUUCGUUCUGCUUCAGCAAUAAAUAAGGGUGACCACAGGGACUUUGCUUUUGGUUUCCCUUCCUGUGAAAAGGUUGGUUUUAAAGUGAGAUACACUUUUCCAUAGAACAAGUGUUCUAUCUUUAAAAACCCAAAUUGCAGCACCGUGGAUUACUGGUCUCAGAACAAUUCAUUUCGCAUCAGAUUUGACUUUCUGAUUUUCUGUCUAUUGGCCAAAUUGCCCUUUAACUGCACCUGAAUCCUUUGUGUACUGAUGCCUUUGAGCUGGGCACCUUGGGAGAGUGUUCUGUUGCUGUUUACGGUUCUUCCUUGCCCUUGCUAAUUACAGUCUCUGGUGCCCAGCAAGCCCCUUUGGCUUCCUUCCGUGACUGGUCACGUUGUCUGCCUGGGCUCAGCGUGGACCUGCCCCAUGCUGCAGAACCUGGCCUCACCUGGACUUUUCACUAGAAUUGCCAGCUUCCUCAACUUAGCAGAUCAUCCACUCAUGCGGGCACAAGCAAAGAUCAACACUUUCUUUUUUGGUAAGCUUGAGUUUUAGAAGUUAUUUUUUGGUGAUGCGUAAGACAUUGCAGUGGGAAACCAUUCAACUUGAGUUUAUUGGAGUUUGCUGUUGUAGCAGGUUUUAACUCAGGAACAACUCUCGUCUGAUCUCUCCGCCCCUCUGCCGGGAGGCGACGUUAACUGUCCUCUUGGAGCCGGUAGCGUUGCUGUCCGAGUCCCCAGGACGGAUCUCCUGCAGACCUGCCUUAAUGCUCAGAUCGAAGUAUUUCACAAGAAUACUUGUGUUUUUAACAGCCCUUCCCCUGGAUGGUGCGGCCAUGAGGGCCUCAUGUUACUGCAUUGCCUUUUCUUUCUGUGGAUCCAGUAUCUUCCUCGGCUUUUUAGGGAGCAGGAAAAAUGCGUCUGAGAGCAACUCUUUUUAAAAACCUGCCCUGUUGUAUAUAACUGUAUCUGUUUCACCAUGUGACCUCCCAAGGGGGUGGGAACUUGAUAUAAACGUUUAAAGGGGCCACGAUUUGCCCGAGGGUUACUCCUUUGCUCUCACCUUGUAUGGAUGAGGAGAUGAAGCCAUUUCUUAUCCUGUAGAUGUGAAGCACUUUCAGUUUUCAGCGAUGUUGGAAUGUAGCAUCAGAAGCUCGUUCCUUCACACUCAGUGGCGUCUGUGCUUGUCCACAUGCGCUGGGCGUCUGGGACCUUGAACGCCUGCCCUGGUUGUGUGGACUCCUUAAUGCCAAUCAUUUCUUCACUUCUCUGGGACACCCAGGGCGCCCGUUGACAAGUGUGGAGAAACUCCUAAUUUAAAUGUCACAGACAAUGUCCUAGUGUUGACUACUACAAUGUUGAUGCUACACUGUUGUAAUUAUUAAACUGAUUAUUUUUCUUAUGUCA